AUGCCAAUGAAGCCAGAUACAUUUGUUUUGGGUGCAUUGCUCGGAGGCUGUCAAAUACAUGGAAAGGUCGAGUUAGGAGAAAGGGUGGCGCAAUAUUUAAUUGAUUUGGAACCUCUGAACCAUGCUUUUUAUGUGAACUUUUGUGAUAGAUAUCUCAAAGCUAGUAGAUUUGAUGACGUAAAGAGAAUCAAAUCCUUAAUGAAAGAAACAGGGAUAAAAAAGGAGGUCCCGAGCUGUAGCAUGAUUGAAAUCGAUGGGGUUCUUCUUGAAUUCUAUGUGAGAGGAUCACCAGGUGUAAAUUGUAAUGGAGGAAGUAUUAUUGGUCUUGUAUCAGUUGAAUAA